UAUAUGCGCGUGUGUGAGUGUGGCUCGUGCAUCAAGAUGGCGGUGGCUCCUGACAGCAGAGUGCUCUCCUACACUGUUUAUAAAUGGAGCUCCUACUCCUCUACAUAUUUACCCGAGAAUAUUUUAGUGGACAAACCUAGCGAUCAGUCUUCCAGGUGGUCAUCUGAGAGCAACUACCCUCCUCAGUACUUGAUCUUAAAACUGGAGAGACCAGCUAUCGUUCUGAGCAUCACCUAUGGCAAAUAUGAGAAAACCCACGUGUGUAACCUGAAGAAGUUCAAGGUGUUCGGAGGCAUGAGCGAAGAAAACAUGACAGAACUCUUGUCUAGUGGCCUUAAGAAUGACUUCAACAAGGAGACAUUCACGCUAAAGCACAAGAUCGAUGAGCAGAUGUUUCCCUGCAGGUUCAUUAAAAUAGUGCCUCUGAUGUCAUGGGGCCCCAGCUUUAACUUCAGCAUCUGGUAUAUUGAGUUACACGGCAUAGAAGAUCCAGACGUUGUCCAGCCCUGCCUUAACUGGUACAGUAAGUACCGUGAACAGGAGGCCAUCCGCCUGUGCCUGAAACACUUCCGGCAGCACAACUACACAGAAGCCUUCGAGUCCCUGCAGAAGAAAACACGGAUCGCUCUCGAGCACCCCAUGCUCACACACCUCCAUGAGCGGCUGGUCCUCAGAGGAGACUUUGACGCCUGCGAGGAGCUCAUAGACAAAGCCGUGAGAGAUGGUUUGUUUAAUCAGUACAUCAGCCAGCAGGAUUAUAAGCCACGCUGGAGUCAGAUCGUCCCCAAAUGUAACAAAGGUGACAGUGAUGAUAACAGGCCGGGCAUGAGAGGAGGUCAUCAGAUGGUCAUUGAUGUUCAGACAGAAACUGUGUAUCUUUUUGGUGGCUGGGAUGGAACGCAGGACUUGGCUGAUUUCUGGGCAUACAGUGUGAAGGAGAACCAAUGGGCCUGUAUCUCCAGGGAUACAGAGAAGGAGAAUGGUCCCAGUGCUCGUUCGUGUCACAAGAUGUGCAUCGACUCUCAGCGGAGGCAGAUCUACACGCUGGGCCGUUAUCUGGACUCCUCUGUCAGAAACAGCAAGUCACUGAAGAGUGACUUCUACUGCUAUGACAUUGACGCUAACACAUGGACUCUUCUUAGCGAAGACACGUCCGCUGAUGGAGGACCCAAACUCGUUUUCGACCACCAGAUGUGCAUGGACUCUGAGAAGCACAUGAUCUACACUUUUGGUGGCCGAAUUCUGACGUAUAACGGCAGUGUGGAUGACGGCAGGACGUCAGAACCUCAGUUCAGCGGGCUUUAUGCGUAUCACUGUCAAGCUGGCAGCUGGAGUUUGCUCAGAGAAGACUCGUGUAACGCUGGGCCAGAGGACAUCCAGUCCCGCAUCGGACACUGCAUGCUCUUCCACAUGAGAAAUCGCUGCUUGUAUGUUUUCGGAGGUCAGAGGUCCAAAACUUACUUGAAUGAUUUCUUCAGUUAUGACGUUGAUGGAGACCAUGUGGAGAUCAUCUCAGAUGGCACCAAGAAAGACUCAGGCAUGGUACCAAUGACGGGAUUCACUCAGCGUGCCACCAUUGACCCAGAGCUCAAUGAGAUCCACGUUCUAUCAGGGCUCAGCAAAGACAAAGACAAACGCGAGGAGAAUGUACGCAACUCCUUCUGGAUCUAUGACAUUGCACGCAACAACUGGUCAUGCGUUUAUAAGAAUGACCAGGCCGUGAAAGAAAACACCACAAAGGCUCUACAAGAAGAAGAACCUUGUCCUCGUUUUGCUCAUCAGUUAGUCUAUGAUGAGUUGCACAAGGUGCAUUACCUUUUCGGUGGAAACCCAGGGAAGUCAAGCUCACCCAAAAUGAGAUUGGAUGAUUUCUGGUCUCUAAAGCUGUGCCGCCCUUCCAAAGAAUAUCUGCUUCGACACUGCAAAUACCUCAUUCGCAAAUACAGGUUUGAGGAGAAGGCUCAGACCGAGCCCUUGAAUGCACUUAAAUAUCUACAGAAUGAUCUGUCUCUUACCGUGGACCACACCGACCCCGAUGAGACAAAAGAGUUCCAGCUCUUGCCCUCUGCUCUGUUCAAAUCCAGCUCAGACUUCAUUCCUCUAGGCUUUUCAGAUGUGGAUCAGACGUAUGCCCAGCGCACACAGCUGUUCGACAUGCUUGUCAAUUUCUUCCCAGACAAUAUGACACCACCCAAGGGUAACCUUGUUGACCUCAUCACCCUGUAGCCACGCCCUACACAAUAGACCACACCCCUCUUUAGACUCCUCCAACCCAAAACAGAAGUUAUUUUUCUACAUUUUUCACCCGAGGUGUGCCGUGCCCACCUACUGUGUUUUCUCUUACAGAAGCAAUGGCACUUAAAUGUCCCUGAGACUUAUUUAAAAUGCAGAAAUAUAAUUUUUUCUUUACUCUGGUUUGCCAGGGUUGUGAUGUUUUUGUUUUUGAUUUUUAAAAAGGUGUCAGAAUUAGGUCUAAAUAUGCAUAUCUGCCAAAUUGCGCACUGAAUUAUUAUUAUUAUUUUUUAACAAACCUGCUUAGUUUCAAAUCUGUUUCAGUUUUAUCAUUUCAAUUUUCUUUCAUACAGGUUGAAAUAUAUUUGAGUUAAAAAUCCAAACAGCUUACAUCAUAAAGGGGUGGUUUUGAUUUAUGAACUGUGUGAUCAACAUGGGUUGCCUUUAUAUUUUAAAUAACAUUUUUAUGGACAAACAUAUGUGCGCUGAGCCAGUGGAGCCUGAAGGCAAAGAUCAGAGUGCCCUCUAGAGUCAGUUUUCUCACUCUAGUAGAUAUAUUCUGUUCUCUCUCAAUACUGGUUUUGAAUACUGGCUUCCAUCUAAACCUGCUGCUGCUAUUGGAUGCUGCCAUGACAUUAGUGCUUUCUUUGACUCUUUAAUAGUGAUGAAACACCCGAUUUCAUAAAUUCUCAUCCACAAAUUUUAAAAGGUUAGAUUGCUAUAGUGGCAUGUUUGAGGUGUAUUGCACACAUUUAGGUACACAAGAACUGUUUUCCACUGUGUGUAGGAACGCAAAUAUUAGUAGCACAUGAUAAUUCAUGGCAACACUCUGUACAUUAUAACAUAUCAUUUCACUUGCAUCCAUUAGAGAAUGGAUGAGCGAACACUUUGCUGCACUUAGACAAACCGAAGAUAUGGAUGAUUUGAAUUUUUGAAGUGUAGAUUGCUGUUUACUUCAGGUUAUGGCUGCUUUUAGAACUCCGUAUAGUCUAGUUCAUCCUGCUUUGUUUCACAGACUGUUCAGUUUACUGGUAACUUACCGACUCAAAGUAGUCUUAUUGGGACCACCGAAGACAGAAGAGACCCCUCACUAUUUAUUAUUAAUAUUAUUAUUAUUAUUAUUAUUGUUUCAUGGUGAACUUGAGCCCUGAAUGUCAUAUAUCAUGUUCUUUUUCUCUCUAUGGUGUCAUAGAGACGUCUAUAUGUGCCCUUCAUUCCGUAUGAGCUUCCGGGUUGUUUCCAGUUCUGGACAGAUGAAAGUGUGCUGGAUGAUAGAUAGUCUUCCAUAUAGUUCAUCCAUACAUCAGGAUAACUUGGCCUCUAUUUGUGCAGUGCUAGUUUAACAGCAGUUGUUUUUGUUAUUUGUCUCCCUGUGCACGAGUAGCAAGUUUUCCCCUUCCAAAAAAAAAAAAAAAAAAAAAAGUUUCUGUAAUUAGAUCGCUGUUAAAUUUGCUGUAGUUUUUGCUUCACCCACGCAGAAACCAAAGGCUCAAAGAACCAUGGGACAGUACAUUAUGCUUCACCCUGCUGAUUGUGUCCUCCCAAGUGUCAUAUCUCAAUUCCCUAAACUCAGUAUUAUCUGAGAUUUCAUUCUGUGGAGAAACACUUACGGCGCACUGGAGUGUGGAAGUUUGACUUCUUUGUGAUUGGCCAGUUGGUAAUUUAUAAGAUUCAGUGCUCUUUAUUUCUUUCCUGGCUUGAACGCAAUUUGGGUCUAAAUGAUUUGGAAUCCAGGGCUUACUUUGCCUUUCGUAGCUCUAGCAGUGUUUUUAUGUCAGAAAGAAAACAAUGAAAUCAAGGAUACAUGAGAGGAUCAACACUUAAAACCGGAGACUUAUGCCAAAUACGUUUUCUUGCUUUUGGUGUACAUUUCUGCAGUGUCAGAGAUGAAAUGACUUUCUCUUUUCCUCUCUCUUGGAAAUCCUCAUCUCUGCUCUUGAGCGAGGGCACAUUGAGGUGUCAGCACUACACUGUGGCUCUCAUGAAUGUGUAGAACCCAUUAAAGAACUGCAUUGUAUGUAAUGUACAUAAAGAAUAAAGAUUGUAUUUUGUUCAAGUUUUCUUAAA